AUGGCGGCUUCCUCCCUUACAGAAGUUCGAUGGGCUUGUAAGUUUGAAGGUGUUAAUACAAUGGUUAAAAGACUUAAAGCUAUUCUCGUAAGCCUUCAAAAGAUCGGCGCUUCAAAUUCGAACCAAGCCGAUUCAGCAGCGGGACUCUACCACAAGAUUCUCUCGGGAAAAUUUGUAAUUUCCCUAUGCUUUCUUCAUCAGCUUUUGUCAAUAAUGCAUGGAUUAAGUAAGGCUAUGCAAGAGACCAAUGUCAAAUGGCUAAACAUAGCCAAUGAAAUGGUGGCUGUAAAGAAGCUUCUUGUUGAGAUUGAAACCAACGAUAUCAUUGAAACGGCCAAACAGCUAUGUGCAACUGUGAACAUCACCUUGGACUACGAGGAACCCGUGUAUGUUUCCAGACAAGAUUCCACAGAAUCUGCAUGCCCUCGCGAGUUCUGUGAACGUCUCAGGGCAGCUUCUGUUCCCAUGCUCCUCCAAGAGUUGGAACGACAUUUCUCUGGCGAGAAUACCGAGGUACUGGCUGCUCUGGAGGCUUUAGAUGCGUCAAAAUCGACCUACCUAGAUUAUGCGACCCUAUCCAGUCUCGUUGCCAAAUUUGGAGAUGGUCUCCAUAUUGAAUCUACCUUGCUUAAAACCGAAUGCGAACGGGCGAAGAUUCUAAUUGCUGCCGGAAAGAACAUCGAUCCUGAACUGUACCCCAACUUAUCCAAGGUGAUUGCUAUAUCAAAGACCUUGCCAGUUGGUACUGCAACCGUGGAAAGAAGCUUCAGUGCUAUGAAUCGGAUAUUGAGCUGGGCUUGUAAUAGCUUAGACAGUUCGUUGGCCAGUGACUUUAUGUUGCUAUCCAUGAAUAAAGACCUGUUAAAAAGAAUAAACUUGGACAAAGUGCUUGAUCGAUGGGUAAAUCAAAAAUCCCGAAUCGUACAGUUUAAGUAA